AUGAAUCUAAGCUACGAGCUCAGUGAUCUAGAGGAGUUGACGUCAAAUGUGAAGCAAAUACAAGACGAUAUGUUGGAGGAGAUACUCAAAGUUAACGCAAACACAGAGUGUCUUGGACGCUUUUUCCAUGGGAGCACUGAUAAAGAAUCGUUCAAGAAUAACGUACCGGUGGUGAUCUAUGAAGAUAUUAAGGUAUAUAUUGAACGUGUUGCGAAUGGAGAAUCCUCAAAUGUAAUCUCCGGUGAACCAAUUACUCAUUUCUUCCUCAGCUCUGGAACUACAGGAGGAAAAAGGAAGAUCUUCCCUGUCAAUGAUAAGUACUUUGAGAAGAAGAUAUUCAGCGAAGAUUUACGCUCCUCCAUUUUAUCGAAGCAUAUCAAUGGCGCUAAGGAUGGAAAGGUGGUAGCGUUUCUUAACACUAGACCGUUAUCCAAAACUCCGUCUGGUAUACCUGUUGCUCCUCUGAUUACAAGCUUCAUCAUGAGUGAUUACUUUAAGAAGCGGUCAUCCAAAUGUUAUGCCAGCCCCGACCAGGUCAUAUUAUGUACCGACAACAACCAGUGCAUGUACUGUCAUCUUCUUUGUGCUCUUGUCCAGAGAGAGGAGGUUGUGAGUGUUUUUGCACCUUUUGCUUCAACGGUAAUCCAAGCUAUCAAAUUUCUUGAAACUUCCUGGAAAGAAUUGUGUAGUAAUAUCCGAUCUGGUCAUCUUAGCGAGUGGAUCACCGACCUUGGUUGCAGAGACUCUGUCUCCGUCAUACUUGGAGGACCUAAUCUUGAAUUGGCAGAUUUGAUUGAACAUGAGUGCAGUCAGAAAUCAUGGGAAGGUAUGAUCACACGACUAUGGCCCAACAUCAAGUUUGUUCAAACCGUAGUUACAGGACAGAUGAGCCAAUACAUUCCAGUAUUGGAGUUCUACUCCAACAAAUUGCCUAUCAUCUCCAUGAAUUAUGCGUCUUCUGAAACAUUGUUAGGGAUAAAUGUGAAUCCUCUUUGCAAACCACAAGAUGUAUCUUAUACAUUUCUCCCUAAUAUGUCCUACUUCGAGUUCCAAGAAGAAGGAAACAAUGAUGAAAUAGUUGAUCUUGUGAACGUCAAGCUAGGUUGCUCAUAUGAGGUCUUGGUCACAAAACAUUUUGGGAUAUACAGAUAUAGAUUGGGAGAUAUUCUACAGGUGACUGGAUUUUACAAUAGUGCACCUCAGUUCAGAUUUGUACGUAGAAAAAAUAUGGUUAUAAGUGUUUUCAUGGAGGUAACAACUGAAGAAGAUAUCAUGAAGGCGUUGAGUCGUGCGAGAGUUGUUCUUGAGUCGUCAAGAUUAAUCUUGGUAUCAUUUAAUGCUCCGGUGGAAUGUUGUUGUGUGAUGGAGGAAUCAUUUAAUGCUCUUUAUAGAGGAUUUAGGAAUAAGGAUGACUCCAUCGGAGCUCUAGAGAUAAGGGUAGUGCAAGAAGGAACGUUCGAUUAUCUCAUGGAACAUUUCAUCUCUGAGGGUAGUGCUUCUGCAUCUCAAUACAAGACACCUAUGUGUACCAACUCUCCUGAAGUUUUAGCAAUUCUUGAAGACAGAGUUGUUGCUCGGUUUUUCAGCGACAAAACUCCUCCUCUCUGA